GAGUAUACUUGGCUUGGCGGAAUUCACAGGGAGCUUGUCCUCCCUGCACGUUCUCUCUCACCUGGAGAAUCUUCAAAGCCUGACACUCAGUUCACUCACCAAUGCCACGGGGGAGAUACCCAGGGAGAUCCGAUACCUUACGGCCCUCACUGCACUUGAUUUGUCGUUCCUGCGAGCCUUGGAGUUCCCUGCCUGGGUGACUCACCUCUACAACCUUCAGAAUCU